AUGGUCUUGCUCAAGACUGUCCUCUUCGGAGCCCUGGCCGCCACCGUCGCCGCCAAGUCCGCCGUCAUCGACCUAAUCCCUAAGAACUUUGACGAUGUGGUUCUGAAGUCCGGCAAACCUACGCUAGUUGAGUUUUUUGCUCCCUGGUGUGGCCACUGCAAGACGCUCGCUCCCAUUUACGAGGAGCUCGCUGGCGUCUUCGAGCACGCCAAGGACAAGGUGCAGAUCGCAAAGGUCGACGCUGAUGCUGAGCGCGACCUCGGCAAGCGCUUCGGCGUCCAGGGAUUUCCCACGCUUAAGUUCUUCGACGGCAAGAGCGACAAACCCGAGGAAUACAGCUCUGGCCGCGAUCUCGAGAGCCUCACCGAGUUCAUUACGAAAAAGACUGGCGUUAGCGCCAAGAAGAAGCUCGAGCUCCCCUCCGAGGUUGUCGAGCUCCACGACACCACGUUCAAGGAGACCGUUGGCAGUGACAAGCACGUUCUUGUUGCCUUUACUGCCCCGUGGUGCGGACACUGCAAGAAGCUCGCCCCAGUCUGGGAACUUGUCGCUACCGCUUUCGCCAACGAAAAGAAUGUGGUCAUUGCCAAGGUCGAUGCCGAGGCGCCCAACAGCAAGGCCGUGACCGCCGAGUAUGGCGUCAAGUCCUACCCCACUAUCAAGUUCUUUGCUGCUGGCGACAAGAAGGGCGUCGACUUCGACAAGGCCCGCACCGAGGCCGCCAUUGUCGAGUUUAUCAACGAGAAGGCUGGCACCCACCGUCUUCCUGGCGGUGACCUUGACGGCAUCGCCGGCACCGUCGCCGCCCUCGACGUCCUGGUCAAGAAGCUGACUGGUGGCGCCACGAUUGCCGAAGUUGCCGCCGAGGUGAAGAAGGAGGCCGGUAAGCUCAAGGAGGCUGCCGAGCUCAAGUACGCCGAGUACUAUGUCCGCGUCUUUGACAAGCUCAGCCAGAAUGAGGGCUGGGUCAAGAAGGAGUCGGCCAGACUCGACAGCAUUCUGACCAAGGGCGGACUCGCCCCCUCGAAGCGCGACGAGAUCAAGACCAAGGCCAACAUUCUCAAGAAGUUUGUCGAGGACGUCGCAGAAAAGGUCGAGCAGGCCAAGGAGGAGCUGUAG